AUAUCAGCUAACCUAGCAAGAGUUUAAUAUAGGAUGAAUAAUGAACUCUUGGCUACAAGAAUAAUGAGAAUGUUCCCCUCAAGGUUAUUUCUCUGCUGUCUGCUGGGAAGUGCUUCUCUUGUGUAUGGACAGCAGCCUCUGACUGGACUGGCAGCAUCCAAUGAAUUCGGUGAUGGCACUGACCACACUGGAGAGAUCAUCUCAUUCUCUGAUGUUGGAUCAGGAUAUAGUGGUCUACCACGUCCCUGGUUUUGCUUCACCGUAGAUACUGAUAGUGUAUUGUGGCUGUUCCCCGAUGGGAGUGAAUUGCAAUUUGAAAGUGAAUCAUUACCAGUUCAGGACGAAGUGUUCAUCAGAGAUAUUCCUAAUUUUGGCGUUGCUCUGUAUCGUGGUCCCACACACUUCAGUCCUGAUGGAGAACAUUGCUGUGUGAGGACUGCCACCAAUGAGAGGAGAUGUGUCACCUUCACUCCCUGCCCCACACUGAGUCCCCUGUCUAAUGGAACGAUCUCAUACGAUGCAGACACCAACAUGGCCACCUACACCUGUGACCCUGGGUACGCUGUGACGACCAUCUCAUCCAUCACCUGUAAUGAUGUCACAAUGCAGUGGAGUAGCACUGUGAGACCCACUUGUGAACUUGUUGACUGUGGCCCCCUCACCGACCCCUCCAAUGGUAUGGUUGAUACACCCAGUACCACCUUUGAGAGCACAGCUACCUACACCUGUAACCCUGGCUACCAGAUGACUGGACUGAUGGUGAGGACGUGUACUGCUAGUGGAUGGAGCACUGGAGAUGACCCUGUCUGUACUGCUAUCUGUCCUCUCCUCACCCUCACCAAUGGAUUCAUCGUCUACGAUCCACCCUCAUCCCCCGUACUAGAGGGAGCCAUGGCUACACAGAGCUGUGUCACUGGGUACACCGUGUUAGCUGGUGGAGGCACUAGGACCUGUCAGUCUGAUAGAUCAUGGAGUGGAACACCCCUCACUUGUACACUGAUUUGCCCCAACGUCCAACUACCGCCCAAUGGAGUGGUGACCUACAGCGACCCCACCAUUCCCAGAGCUGUGGGUUCCACGGUUACCUACAGCUGUGUCUCUGGGUAUGAAUUCAGUGGAGGUGUACCAAGGACCUGUACUGUCAGUGGGUGGAGUCAUGGUGGUAGUCCAACUUGUACAGCUAUCUGUCCUGAGCUUCCUACUCUGGUCAAUGGAAUGAUCCUCUACAAUCCAUCCUCCAGCCCCAGACUAGUGGGAGCCAUAGCUACACAGAGCUGUAAUGAGGGGCACCUACCCUCCACUGCCAGUACUAGGACCUGUCAGUCUGAUAGAUCAUGGAGUGGAUCACCCCUCACUUGUACACUGAUUUGCCCCAACGUCCAACUACCGCCCAAUGGAGUGGUGACCUACAGCGACCUCACCAUUCCCAGACCUAUUGGUACCACGGUUACCUACAGCUGUGUCUCUGGGUAUGAAUUCAGUGGAGGUAUGCCAAGGACCUGUAGUGUCACUGGGUGGACUGAUGGUGGUAGUCCAACUUGUACAGCUAUCUGUCCUGAGCUUCCUACUCUGGUCAAUGGAAUGAUCCUCUACAAUCCAUCCUCCAGCCCCAGACUAGUGGGAGCCAUAGCUACACAGAGCUGUAAUGAGGGGCACCUACCCUCCACUGCCAGUACUAGGACCUGUCAGACUAGUAUGCAAUGGACUGGAUCAUCCCUCACUUGUAACAUUGUGUCCUGUGCCCCCACUCCAUCUGUUACCAAUGGAGUGAUGACCAGCUCUACUGGUACAACAUUCGGAGCAAUGGCCACCUACUCCUGCAACACUGGGUACCAAAGGUCAGGAUCAGCCACGAUAACUUGUCAGUCUAGUGGGAGCUGGAGUACAGCACCAGUGUGUAGAGCCACCUGUGAUGACCUCCCUACAUUGUUCAAUGGAGUGAUCAGCUACGGCUCUAGUACCUCACCACACCUUGAGGGAACCACAGCUACACAGAGCUGUGAUGGAGGGUAUAGAGUAUCUACUGGUGGAGGCACUAGGACCUGCCAGUCUGACAGAUCAUGGAGUGGAACAUCCCUCACUUGUACACUGAAUUGUCCAGACCUCCAACUACCGACCAAUGGAGUGGUUAUGUACAGUAACCCCAUACCCAGACUUGUUGGUGCCACGGCCACCUACAGCUGUGUCACUGGCUAUGCAAUUUUUGGGACACAAACAAGGAUGUGUACUGCCAGUGGGUGGAGUGCACUAGGUGGUGGUGGUACUCCAACUUGUAUAGUUGAUUGUGGAUCAUUGAGUGCUCCUACCAAUGGAGGAGUCGUGACAACAGGGACCACCCUCUCAAGCGCUGCUACCUACACCUGUGACAAUGGCUACACACGUAGUGGAGAUCAGACCAGGAUUUGUCUGGCUGGUGGAGACUGGAGUGGGUCAGAACCUGUGUGUAAUCCUGUUGACUGUGGAACUCUGACUAUUAAUAAUGGACAAGUCAGUACAACCUCUGGAACCACCUUUGGGAGCACUGCUACCUACACCUGUAACCCUAGUUACAAUCGGGUGGGGGGAUCUACGACUAGAACAUGUCAGGCUGAUAGAAUCUGGAGUGGAGCUGCACCAACUUGUGAUGCUCUGUGUCCUCGUGAUCCCCUCUCCAAUGGAAUGGUGACCUACUUACCUUCUGAUGAUCCUCCACCACCUGGAGCAGUGGCCACUUACUCUUGUGACACUGGCUAUGAACUGAGUGGUGCUAGCACAAGGAAUUGUGUGGCUGUCAGUGGAUGGAGUGCAUCUCUACCUGUUUGCAAUCCUGUUGAAUGUGGCUCCCUCCCUGACCCCUCCAAUGGAGCAGUGAACAUAUCCUCUGGAACCACCUUCAUGAUGACUGCUACCUACACCUGUAACACUGGAUACAACAUUGUUGGAUCUGCAACUAGGACUUGUGGGGCUGAUACACAGUGGACUCCAGAUGCCCCCACCUGUGCACCUGUUGACUGUGGUUCCCUCACUGUUCCUAACGGACAAGUCAACACAUCCUCUGGAACCACCUUCAUGAACACAGCCACCUACACCUGUGAUGAUGGGCACAAUCUCAAUGGAGCAGCUAACAGAACCUGUCAAGCUAAUGGAACCUGGAGCCUAACAGCACCUACCUGUGAUCCUGUUGACUGCGGUCCCCUAAAUAACACUGCCAAUGGACAAGUCAGUACACCCUCUGGAACCACCUUCAUGAUGACUGCUACCUACACCUGUAACACUGGAUACAACAUUGUUGGUAGUGAGACCAGAACUUGUGGAGCAAGUGGAACAAGUGGAGUGUGGUCAAGAGAAGCUCCAGUGUGCAACUUGAUUCCUUUGAGCAGUGGAUCGAGUGUUAUUACCAACAACUCUGCCUUAUCACUGGCAGACAUUGGAUCCUCUGCCCUCACCUGUCGCACUGAGCUCAUCACCUGCUGCAGAGGAGAGGACAACAAUGGCAGCACUGCUCUGGGAGGGUGGAGAGGACCAGGCGGAAACAUUCCUGAAUCAAGCAUGGAUGGAUUCUAUGUGUCACGAGGUAUGAGCUCCAUUAGUCUGAACUAUGCUGAGGGCUCCAGUGAAGUAGCUGGUACCUACUGUUGUCAAGUGCCCAGGGAGAGUGGGACAAGCACUACACAUUGUGUCAUGGUGACUGUCUCUAACCCUUUCCCUGCUGCUGCUAUUGGUGGGGCAGUCGGUGCUAUAGUGGUGGUGAUUCUGGUGAUCCUGCUCAUCAUAUUCCUAGUACUGUUCCUGAGACGCUCACGGAAGAAGCAGUAUGAACCUGCUGCUAAAAACUCUGGUUUCUCUACUGUAUACACCAAACACAGCGAUACUGACGGGGUGGCCACCAUAUCAAAGGAUCAAGAGCCUACCAUCACUGGCUUCCCCAGUGAGAGCAGAGGUAAUGAAGGGGAGGAGGUAGUCAUUAAGCCCAAGGUGGGAGGUUACCCUCCACCCAGUCUCACCUGGUACCACGAUGGUAGGAAGGUGACUGCAGACUAUGCCACAGAACUGGACCAGGACGGUGGAUUAUCCUUCCCUAGUGUGGAAAUGAAACAUGCUGGUGUCUAUAAGCUGGUGGCCAGUGGACCCUCUGGCACAGCUGAGAAAGAGCUCCAGUUGAUAGUAGUACCAGAGGGAGGGGAAGCAGAGGUGGCAGAUGAGGUGGACCUCACUCCUAUACCAGUGGAUGGGUUUGGAGCAUAUGUCACUGAGCAGCAUGCUAAUGGAAACAAGAAGUUUGCCAACAACUAUUCGGGUCUCGGUGGUAAGGAAGGUGAACACUCAACAGCAAUUGCCAAACAGCACAAAGAUGAAAACAGAUUUGGAAACAUUCUUGUGUAUGAUGGCAACCUCAUUAUCCUAGACCCCAUCCCUGGACAAGAGGACUGUCAGAGUGACUACAUCAAUGCCUCCUAUGUAGACGGUUUUGACAAGCCAAAGAAGUUCAUUGCUUCUCAAGGACCACUACCCAAUACCCUGGUGGACUUCUGGCGUCUCAUGUGGCAAGAGAGACCACCCAUAAUAGUCAUGCUCACCAACGUCAUGGAGAACAACAAGAUCAAGUGUCAACAGUACUGGCCAGACAGUGGCAGUGUGAACUAUGGCCCCUUCACAGUCACCAUCACAGACCAGCAGGUCCUGGCUGACUACACUGUCAGAAACCUACUACUUACAAUCAAAGGGGAAAGUGGGAAACCUUUUAAGACCACUCAGUUUCACUUUACGACGUGGCCUGAUCACGGUGUGCCUGACUAUGCCACGCCCAUUCUUGGGUUCCAUCGUCGGGUCCAGUCCCUACACAAGCCAUCCAGAGGUCCCCUCCUGGUCCACUGCAGUGCUGGUGUGGGACGCACAGGCACUUACAUUGCCCUUGAUAAUGUUCUCGAUCAGAUCGCAGCCGAGGGUAUGGUCGAUAUUUCCGGCACCAUUGUCAGAGCUCGCAAUCAGAGAAUGAAAAUGGUCCAGACCCAGGACCAAUAUGUAUUCAUCCACGAUGCAAUCCUGGAGUCAGUGACGUGUGGAGACACUCAGAUCAGUGCUGGAGAUCUGCGCAGACAGAUACAGAAGAUGUCAUCAGUGGCCCCGGGAAAAACCCUCUCAGAUUUCCAAUACCAGUUCCAAAUUCUGGAACAAGUAUCUCCAAAUCCGAAUGAGGUCAACUGCAGUAGUGCAUUGAGACACAAGAACCUGAACAGGGGAAUACAGUACCUACCAAUUGAGAAUCACCGUGUGUUCCUGAAAGGAGAGGACCCAGGUCGUGACUACAUCAAUGCCGUCUUUGUCAAUGGCUACAAGCACCAGAAGGCAUACAUCAUUGCCCAGAAUCCACUGGACUCAACUGUGCGUAACUUCUGGAAGAUGAUCUAUGAUAGGAAGUGUGCGGCUGUUGUGAUGUUGACUCCACUCAGUGAGAAUGGGCAGGAGGCAUGCUCCCAGUACUGGCCAGAGAGUGGCAAUGUCACCUCCUUCGGUGAGUUCACCAUCGAUAACUUGGGGGAGGAAACCAACACUGGGUUCGUUAUGAGGCAACUGAGCGUGCUUAACAAAAAGACUAAGCAAACUCAGCAAAUAAUUCAAAUCCAAAUUCUCGAUUGGAAGUCGACUGGUGCAUGUGCAAACCUCAAGGCUGUAACUGACAUGAAUGAGGAGGUUAUAAAGGUUUAAAGGAGGACUGGAAACAAGGCGAUUGUGGUCCACUGCAGUGACACUGCGACCCGCUCUGGUAUGUACUGCUCUGUACACAGAGAAAAGAGGUGUGCUGUUUUAGACCCUGAGCGUGUGCUAUAUUAGCACUGUGGUGUGCUAAACAGUGAUUCAGCACACUACAUGUGCUGUUUUGUAGGCAUAUAGCACAGCCUACGUGUUGUAUUGGUGUGCUUUUUCAUGGCUUGUGAUUUUGAUGUUCGAUUAAUGUGCUAAAUGGACUGUGCUAAAUGUAAUGGGUGUGCUGAAACAGGUAAACAUGCUAAUUCAGCACAGUGUGCUGUUUUCAGUACCAAAUAAGGGCAUGCAGUACAACAGAUGUGCAGCUGCAGCUGCAUAGCAACAAAAAAUUUUUUUUUAUUUGCAAAGAAGAAAAGAAGUUGAGUUUAGACAUGGUUUGAGAGCUGUUUGACAAAACUGUGGAACUAGGUAAGUUUCCCUCAACAUGCUGAACAAUGCUGUACAAUGUAAUUGCACAGCUAUUGUAUUGUACCAGGUGUCAUACAGUACACAAGGGAGCAUCUGUACAAUGUAAUUGCACAGCUAUUGUAUUGUACCAGGUGUCAUACAGUACACAGGGGAGCAUCUGUACAAUGUAAUUGCACAGCUAUUGUAUUGUACCAGGUGUCAUACAGUACACAAGGGAGCAUCUGUACAAUGUAAUUGCACAGCUAUUGUAUUGUACCAGGUGUCAUACAGUACACAGGGGAGCAUCUGUACAAUGUAAUUGCACAGCUAUUGUAUUGUACCAGGUGUCGUACAGUACACAAGGGAGCAUCUGUACAAUGUAAUUGCACAGCUAUUGUAUUGUACCAGGUGUUGUACAGUACACAGGGGAGCAUCUGUACAAUGUAAUUGCACAGCUAUUGUAUUGUGCCAGGUGUCAUACAGUACACAGGGGGAGUAUCCCCCCCUGGCUCCAACCCCCCCCCCCCCCCCUAAAAUUUGCAUUCAGGUAUUAGCAAUGUUGUAUGACUGAGUAUCCAUAGCCUGUAUAGCUACUAACCAGGGUAUUGAAAUAACAUGCAGUUGACUUUUUUUUUAAGAAUGCCUUAUAUUUCCCCUCUCUACUUUAAAAUCCUGUAUGACACCCUGUAAUAACUCUACAAUAUAAUAAUUAUGCAGAAAGGACAAGCAGGUUGAAUGGGGCUCAACAAAGUGGAGACCAAUUGAAGCCUAUAUUGCCCAAGUUUCAUAGCACAAUAAGAUGAUGUUGAAAGUGACACGUGUUGGAGAGAGCAUUAUACUGGACACCCUUGUAUGACCAGACCACUGUAAAGUAUCGACACAAUUGGAGGUGAUGCUGAGAAGUCAAAGGCAGUAUCUUACAAUUGCAGUGAACUGAGUGCAGACUUGCUAUGGUUAACUAACUAUGUUUAAAAAACCUUUUUUUGUAUAUCCUCAUCAAUACUGUAUUGAUGUAUUGUUGUUUUUAUUGUUGUUUAAUGUUUGAAA